AUGGAUAUAUAUAAAUUUUUAAUCAAUCCUGUCGAUAAGUGCAAUGCUGGAAAAGAUAAUAUCACAUUACUUGUCUUAGUCAAAUCAGCACCAGGUCAUACUGAACGCAGGAAUGCCACCAGACAGACGUACAUCGGUGGGGCCACAAAAAAUAAUGUGUCCACGAGGUUGCUUUUUAUCGUGGGAGAUUCCGAAGCACAAGACGAGAGAGAAAACAUUCAGGAAGAGGCCCGAAGACAUAGAGAUAUCCUGAAGGUGGGCUUCCACGAUAGUUAUUACAAACUUACCGUCAAGCUCGUCAUGGGAUUUAAAUGGGCCUUGCAAUUUUGCAAUAACAGUGAAUUUUUUAUGUCAAUGGAUGACGAUGUCAUGGUUGAUAUUGUGACCCUGGUCAACGACCUCGACGCUUUACCCCCGAACGAUCACUCUCAAUUCGUGCUUGGAGCUAAGGGAGAGGGGUUCAGUCCACAUCGUAACGUAAAUAGUAAAUAG